AUGACGAUCGUCAAAACAUUUCUAACUUCUUCUAUAGUAUUAUUUCUUAUUCAAUCCUCAACAUCAACUCGAAUCUCUUAUCUGACACGACAAUUUCGCUCGUUGUUGCUUUUCGAAGCCGAUCUUGACACUGGAGUGAUUCUAAACGAAACGAGUUUAGUCACAGGAUUCACGGAUAGUGAUGAGAUUUUUCUGGAUGCUGAUGCGAAAAGGAAUACCCUCUUCUACUCACUUCAAGGUCAAAUCUAUGCGAAAACGAUUGACUCAAAAGAGACAAAAGAAAUCACAUCUUUUCUCGCAUUUCUCGAUGAACGAUUGACAACUUUGGCGUAUGAUUCGGAGAAUGAAUUGCUUUACCUUGGAAUAGCAAAUGAUGGAGCUGAUACAUCGGCUCGGAUUGAGAUUUGCUCGACGAGAGUUGAUUUGGUGAAGAAAGAGUGCGCUGUUUUGCUUUAUGAGCACCUUGAUGCACCUCAUUUUUUGGUUUUGAAUCAUGAUGAUGGAUUCAUGUAUUGGAUAAACUCGGCUCGAAAUCAAAUUGAGCGAUCGUUUAUGAACGGUCAACAUCAUGAUAGGCAUCCGUUUCAGGAUUCAAUCUCCGUGUUCACGAGCAGUAUGUCACCGUUAACUUCAUUGACUCUUCACCAGGCCAGCAACUCACUUUACUAUGUUAGAACGUCACAAUCACAAUCAGAGAUCUGGCACUGCACUCUUUCCAAACGAGACUCUUGCUCAGUCAUCGCUAAGAAAGAACAAAUUCUACACUUUUCAAUAAUUCAAAAUUUCUUUAUCUGGUCUUCAUUUUCUGGACAAAUGGCUUUUUGCAAGAUAAACUCUUGCGAGGAAACGUCUCGUUUUCUCAAGAAUUUCUCGAAAGAUUUUGAUCCACCCGAAUUAUUCAUUCCAUUAAAUAAAAAACCACAAAUAACAAGUGUUGAUAACUCCUGUAAAGUUAAUAAUGGUGGAUGUUCGGAUUAUUGUUUAUCAAUGAAAUUUGGGAAUACUUGCGGUUGUGCAAAGGGGGUUUUGCUAUUGGAUGAUCAGAAAACUUGUGAUCCAAGGGGAUCAAAUCAGGUCCUUCUCACGGCUACUACCACUGGUUUGUUCAUGAUUCCAAUAGACACAAAUGCAUCGAUUCCAAUUUAUCUACAUAAGUCAGACAAUAUAGCUUUUAAAGUCGAGGACAUGGAUUGGGAUUCGAAAAGAAAGGAGAUUGUUUGGAUUGAUCGAACUAACAACAAGAUUCAUAAAAGUUCUUUGAAGAGAAUUCUUCAGAGUUAUGAGAUCGAUGAUGAGGCGGAGCCAGCAAUUGUUCGAGUAGAUCCGAUCACUGGGAAUGUGAUUUGGCUCGAGAAAAGAUUAGGAGUGAUUAGGUUAACUAAUCUUGCUUUGAACAUCAAUCGUUACAUUGUUGUUGGAUUGGAAAAUUCAAGUGGAAUGGCUUUUGACUACAUCUCAUCCACCAUUUUCUACAUCUCAAAUCAUCUUGAUGAACGACGAAUCUUUUCUAUUCUUAUCGACGGAAUGGAGCACAAGAUUUUAGCUGACGUUGAUUUCUCAAUGAACACUCUCGAGUUUGAUCAUGAAACUCAAAAACUCUAUUGGAUUCAAGGAAGAAAGUUGCAGAUGAUGAAUUCAAAUGGUUCAAAACUUGAAUCAACAAAGUUAGAGCAAAGUCCAGGCCACGUGAACUCAAUAACAAAGCUCAACAACACGAUUUAUCUUUCGAAUCCUCUUGGAAGAAGAAUUCUAACAUAUCAACUAGAAAAUUCUAAAGAGAUUCGAAUAUCGGAGAUUAAUCAUGGAAUUUAUGGUUUAAUAAAGUUGAGAGGAGUUUCUCUGAUUGCAAAUUUUUCCAUAAAAUCAUCGUGUUCAACGAAUAAUGGAGGAUGCUCACAUUUUUGUAUUACAAAAAAUCUUAUUUCCACAAAGUGUCUCUGUGCAACAUUUUAUGAAUUGAAAGCAGAUAAUCGGAGUUGUCAUUUACCAUCGUCGAGUCUAUUAGUUGGAACACAAGCUAAUCUCUUUACAAUCUCAUCAACUGGAUCACUCACCGAAUUGCCAAUAAAAAAACCAAUUGGAAAUCUUGUUGAUGUUACAAUUGAUCAAAACCAUCAAAUGCUAAUAAUAACAUCUGAAAAUGGAAGUUACGGUGAAAUUUCGAGCAUUACAUUUAAUGGUACAAAAUCGAGAACAAUUCUAUGCCAUGGUUCUUUAAAAAACGUAAAAUCUGUUGGAAUCGAUUCAAGAACAAGAAAUAUUUAUUGGAGUAAUGGAAAUCGUUUGGAAAUGAUGGAUUGGAGUGGGAGAUUUCGAAGAACUUUAUUCUCAAAUAAAGAAAUUCAAAAGUUGAGAAUCGAUGAGAAUUCGAAUGUCUAUUUGUUGAUGAAGAAUCCGUUUUCAAUUUGGAAAAUCUCUGCUGAUGGAAUGGAAAGGACAAAGAUUUUGAAUUUCACAAGUCCGGUGAUGAAUUUCGAGAUUGAUGAAAGGAAAAUCUUUUGGAUAGAAGAAAUGAAUGGAUUUCAAGUUAAAUCUUCAGAUUUAACUGGAUUUCAAGUUCAACUCGAGUCUUCCAAAGUGAUCAGCUCACUUUUCCUUCCGUUUGAUUCGAGUAUUGUUUUUGCCGAUCCAGCGAAAAACAUAAUCUGCAGAGAUCAGAAAACGUUUCACUUGAAUUUACUACAAGGAAAGAUCAAUUUGCUAUCAAAAAUACAUCAUCAAGCUCAAAUCCCCAAGAAAACCACUUGCGAUCGUUUAAAAUGUGAGCAUCUUUGCAUUGACAAUGAUCACGGAGGGAAAUGUUUAUGUGCAGAUCAUUACGAGUUGGAUUCAAUGGAUGUUUGUAAGGCGUUGGAGUCUUUUGUCUACAUCAGUUCAUCAGAAGGUCUUCAUCGAAUCUCAACCAAACCAUCAAUGUUAUCAAAUGAAGAAUCUAUAAUUUCAACAAAUUUGGAGACUUCUGGAAAUCAUGAACAUUUGGCAAUGGUUCAAUUUCUAUCAACUUACCUCCUUUGGACUGACUCGAAAACACCCGGAGUGAUCUUUAUAGCAAAAGAUUUUUACGAUAAUCAGGUUCAACAAAUCUUUCUCACAUCUUGGAACUGCUCAAAGAUCCUCUCGAUGUCAAUAGAUUCACUAGGAAAUCAACUCUUUAUCCUUUGUGAAAAGGAAGUGAAACAGACAUUGAUUUAUGUUUUUAAGAUAGAGGAAAAUGAAAAAAUGAUUGAAAUUAGUUUUAUUGGAAUGAUCUUUUCAUCGGAGUUUGGUUACCGAAGGAAAGAGCAGAGAUACGCUGUAGAUAUUGCGAUUUUUGAACAGCUUGGUUAUUUGAUGUACGUUGAUGUUGGAGAUCCAAGCCGCCCGAAGAUCUAUCAAUGUGGAUUUGACGGCAAGAAUUGUCGUAUUUGGUUGAAUGAGGGUCUUCGUGUGGACACAAAGCUAUUUGCUGAUCCUCAACACAGUCGCCUUUUCUAUACAACUCCAUCAGGAGUCUGGUCAAGAGAUAUCAUUGCACCAAGAGAUUCAAAUACGAAACAUCACUAUAUUCGAAGAGGAGAACACACUCGUUUAACCAUUUCUUCAAUCACGGAGGACAGAAUUUUCAUUGCUGAAGAUGAUCGCUUAACAAUAACUGACUCGAAAAUUGAAUACGCUGAAAUCGGGACAAUUAACAGUUUAUUACUUGUUUCACCAAAAACAAAAUCCCCUCAAACUUGUUCUCGCAUUGAUUGUCCAUUCAUUUGUUCUCAUGAUCAGGGAAUGUUUAAAUGCCUUUGUCCAAUGAAGUACACGAUUGGGAGAUAUAGUGGAACUCAAUGUGAACCAGAAUCCGAGUGUUCACCCUGGCAAUUCUUAUGCGGAGAUGGACGAACUUGUGUGCAUCGAGCGGCUCGCUGUGAUUUCAUUAGAGAUUGCCCAGACAAUUCUGAUGAAGAUCCAAGUUUCUGUGAGGUAGUUGGAGUGGAUCGUUGGCCGUGCGAGGACGGGCACGGGAAUAUUAUGAGGACAUCGAUAUGUGACGGGAAACAGGAUUGCAAGGAUAACUCUGAUGAAAGUCAUUGUCGUUGCUCGUCAAACGAACUCGAUUGCCUGGCUUGGCCUGGCUCACAGGACAAUCGCUGUGUGCAUCGACAACGACUUUGUGAUGGAUUCGAUGAUUGUGAGAGUCGUUUAGAUGAGAACUCUUUGAUGUGCUCGAAUCUCUCCUCAAUGACUUUUUCACAAUCCACUCCAGAAUGGCUGUAUUUAGCUCUCCUAGCUCUUCUCUCUUUACCAUUAACUGUGCUAUUCUGUUGGUGUUGUGUUCGGCAAAAGCCGCUGAUUACGACUGUCGUUGAGCAGCCAAUUUACCAUUACAAUACUGGAGCAACCACUUCAAUCCUAUUGCCACCAGAGAGUCGUGGAAGACAUGUUGAGCUGGCAUUGAGAACAUAUAGUGUGGUGGACAGUUCGUCUUCAGGACAACCCCUACCCGCUCCAAAUCGAUACAAUGGAUCAAAUCUUUCUUCGGUUGAUCGAACUGGUCAAUCAAUGCUCUUUUACGCUCCUCCGCCAAGUGCUGCCAGUUUGUCUACUUACGGAGUUGUGAAACCGAUCACAAUGCGAUUUGUCGACUCAAAUUCACAAAGAAGACGCUGGAAGAGCCGAGAUCAAAAUCGAGAGCCACCACCGAGUUAUUAUGAAUCGGGAUCAAAUCUUGUGCAAACCAGUGAACCUAUCAUCGUCGAUUUCCCAUCACCUCAUCAAUUGAGGGGAGAGCAUUUGUUGACUUCAAGGAGGAUUCCGUUCAGAAGUGAAGACUCAACAAAGUCGGGCUCUCAACGAAAUCUGAAAGAAAAUCGACGAAAAAGACGACUUCUCGUUCCUUCAAAUAGUCGAUUGGAAAGUGAAGGAGAGGCGAGUUCAGAGGAGUCGAAUGAUUCG